GCAAAGGCAGCUGUGCAGAGUUAUGGAGCAAGAAGUGAGCAUUGUUUCAAGGGCACACUGGGGAGCAGCGCGCCCCAAACAGAAGGAGAGACUGAAAAGCUUGGCCCACAGAGUUAUCAUACACCACACUGCCCUCCCAAGCUGCAAAAGCCUGAAGGAGUGUAAGGACCACAUGCUCAGCAUUCAGAGAAUGCAUAUGACAGAAAGCGGCUUUGAUGAUAUUGGAUAUAAUUUCCUUGUGGGACGAGAUGGUACAGUGUUUGAGGGCCGUGGCUGGGGUGUGGUAGGGGCACAUACCAAAGGCAACAAUCAUGACUCACUGGGGAUUGCCUUCAUGGGCAAUUUUAACAAUGAAGCACCAAGCAACAAGUCAAUACUGUCAGUCAAAAGGCUGCUGCAGUCUGGAGUUUCCCAGAGCUUUCUACACAAAGAGUUUGCUCUGUUCGGGCACAAAGAUCUGGGAGACACAGAAUGUCCCGGGGAGCAGCUUUACGCUGCACUGCCACAACUGAGGGGUACCACAUGAAGCUUUCUCUAAAUGUUGAUGGUUUGGAAAUUUGACCUUUGGCAUAAACUACGGGAGUGGUUGUACUGUAACAGGAGGAGGUCCUACAGGUUUCACAGCAUGUUCACAGCCUACAUCUCCUGCAGCUGAGGGAGCCAUCACAUGGGAUGAGACCAACCGGCUGUAGUUGUCAGGAAGUGCAAUAUAUUUACAAACUGUUUCAGCAUAUGUCAAAAGAUUGUCAGAUUUGUCAUUUCACUUUGUGGUUAACUGAGUCUAGGUGCAAUAUUAAUAUGGUGUGCAAUACAUUUUACUUGAGAAUACUUCGUUUGAUAAUGUGAACAUGGUGUAAAAUAAACAUUCACGGGAAUUUAA